CUCCCCGGCCAAGAGGGAGCGCGCAGUCAGUCCGAGCCGAAUCGCUCCUGCAGGACCAUGUCGGGCUCCACGCGCGUGGCGCUGGUGACGGGCGCCAACAAGGGCAUCGGCUUCGCCAUCACGCGCGAGCUGUGCCGGCAGUUCUCCGGGGACGUGGUGCUCACGGCUCGGGACGAGGCCCGGGGCCAGGCGGCCGUGCAGCAGCUGCAGGCAGAGGGCCUGAGCCCGCGCUUCCAUCAGCUGGACAUCAACGACCUGCAGAGCAUCCGCGCGCUGCGCGACUUCCUGCGCAAGGAGUACGGGGGCCUCGACGUGCUGGUCAACAACGCGGGCAUCGCCUUCAAGAUGAAUGACACCACACCGUUUCAUAUCCAAGCAGAGGUGACAAUGAAAACAAACUUCUAUGGCACAAAAGAUGUCUGCGCGGAGCUGCUGCCUCUCAUGAAACCCCAAGGCAGGGUGGUGAAUGUGUCCAGCAUGGUGAGCCUCCGAGCGCUCAAGAGCUGCAGCCCAGAGCUGCAGCAGAAGUUCCGAAGCAACACCAUCACGGAGGAAGAGCUGGUGGCGCUCAUGAACAAGUUCGUGGAAGACACGAAGAACGGGACUCACCAGAAGGAGGGCUGGCCCAACACCGCCUACGGCGUCACCAAGAUCGGCGUCACGGUGCUGUCCAGAAUCCAGGCCAGGGAGCUGACGGAGCAGAGGAAAGGGGCCGGCAUCCUCCUGAAUGCCUGCUGCCCAGGGUGGGUGAGAACCGACAUGGCUGGGCCCAAGGCCCCCAAGAGCCCAGAAGAAGGAGCAGUGACCCCAGUGUACCUGGCCCUCCUGCCCCCAGAUGCCGAUGGCCCUCACGGACAGUUUGUUACGGAAAAGAAAGUGGAGCAGUGGUGAGCAAGGCUGUCUGCUCCGGCCAUGAGCCCCAACCAAGAGCUGUCGUGAUUGGACAGGUCUGCUGACAAACAUAGGUUCAUUCCCACGGACCAGCCUCCCCGCCACCCCAUCCCCGACCUCAGUCAGAACCUCUAUUGGGUCCACACUGAGCUGCCUCCUGAUUCUGUGAUUUCUUUUUUUGUGUGAUUGCUUCUGCGGCCAGCGUUUGAAUCAGUGACAGCUGUGAAUGAAAAGCAACAGAUGAAUAAAGGGUUCUGUGUAAAUGUU